AUAAUGUAAAAUAAAAAAGCAAACAGGACAUCUCCUCGACUAUUUAUAACCCCAUCCCCACGCCAUAUUCAUUAACGGAAAAAGGCCAUCAUAGCAACAUUAAUGACAACAUGUAAUUUGAGUGGUGGGCCAUUCUCAGCAAAACAAUGAUAUCAACAUGGCUUGGUAAAGUCAUUCUCUUACCCUGUUUAGUAGUCUGUUUCUAAUCACAUAUGAUCUUUUUUGGUGGACUCUCAAGCUAGUGGUGACCCUUAAAUGCAAAAAAAAAAAAAAAAAAACAGUAGAAGGGGAUAAAAUCAGUAACCACAAACAUACAAAGUGCAUCUAUAUGGUAAAAACUUUCAGAUGAAAAAAAAAAAAUAGUGCUAAGGAUAUAAGGAUGUGCAUGAUCUUGCUGCCCUAGCCCUGCUGAAAGCAGGCACUGCAGAAUGAAGGCUCUGGAUGGGGCUAUAGUCCAGUGGAAAGGCCACAGAACAGGUUUGAUGGAGACGAUGGCCCCUCGGGUUAAUCAUUAAUACACAGAAUCUACUGCCAGUCUUCUGUAAAUAAGAUAAAUGCCCCCAAGGCACUCACCUCAGUGACGUACUAUUUCAGACACAGCACAGCUUUAAUUAAGACAGGAAGGUGUAACGUAUUCCAGCGGCUUGAUGUUUGGAUGUGGACAAAAUGAUUCUUUCUAAAUUUCAGUUUGAAUAUUAGUGUAAAGGAUGUUUGUGUACACUGUUUCAUUUUGGUGUUAGUGAUUUUUUUUCUCCAGAACCUGAGAUGUGCACCAUUACAGUACUGGACCAAUGCAUCAAACUGGAGUCUCUUUUUUAAAGUGUUUAUUGAAAAUAUCUGGAACGGAGGAAGACUGAGUGUGUCCACAGCUCAUCUUUUUGAAUGAACCUGGUAACAUGCCAAUGAAAAGGAAUAGUGGAAGUUCUGUGGAGAAUAACAUGUUUCAUCAGCUUCAGCCACCACAGCCAAAGAGGACUUACAGUAAUGCUGAUGAUUUCCACCCAGCAAACUCCAGUGAGCAGCAAGACCUUAGAAAAAACAUGUUUUUCAAAGAAACGUUUGAGGAAGAGGAGGAGGAUUCAGGAAUUAAAUCAGAGGCAGAGGAAAGCAAUGGAACCAUAUCCUCUGAAGAUGACUUAGACCACCUUGAAUACUCAAAGAACAUUGCUCUGAAGCAAAGUGUCGAAAAGAAAAGCAUCAGUCAAAUCAUCAAAGACAAGAAGAAACAGACCCAACUAACAUUAUUGUGGCUUGAGGAAAACUAUAUAGUUUGUGAAGGUGUGUGCUUGCCUCGCUGUAUCCUCUACGCUCAUUACCUGGACUUCUGUCGGAAGGAGAAGCUAGAUCCUGCUUGUGCCGCCACUUUCGGCAAAACUAUACGGCAGAAAUUUCCACUACUUACAACCCGGAGGCUCGGCACCAGAGGCCAUUCAAAGUAUCACUACUACGGUAUAGGGAUUAAGGAGAGCAGCUCCUAUUAUCAUUCAGUUUAUUCAGGAAAAGGUCUUACCAGAUUCUCUGGGAGCAAGCUCAAAAAUGAGGGGGGCUUCACACGGAAAUAUUCACUUAGCUCUAAAACAGGAACAUUACUACCAGAAUUUCCAAGUGCACAGCAUUUAGUACUUGAUGACUCUGUUUCAAAGGAAAAGGUGGACACUUUGAUAAUGAUGUACAAAACCCACUGUCAGUGCAUUCUCGACAAUGCUAUCAGUGUCAACUUUGAAGAGAUCCAGAACUUCUUGCUUCAUUUUUGGCAAGGCAUGCCUGAUCAUCUCCUGCCUCUGUUGGAGAACCCAGUAAUCGUGGACAUCUUUUGCGUGUGUGACUCCAUACUUUACAAGGUACUGACUGAUGUUCUAAUUCCUGCUACAAUGCAGGAUAUGCCAGAAAGUCUUUUGGCAGAUAUUCGAAACUUUGCAAAACACUGGGAGCACUGGAUGGUGUCCUCUUUGGAGAAUCUCCCAGAUGUUCUCUCAGAAAAGAAGCUGCCCAUAGCUCGUCGCUUUGUGUCCUCUUUGAAACGUCAGACUUCCUUCUUACACCUCGCACAGAUUGCAAGACCAGCACUUUUCGACCAAAACGUCGUGACCUCCAUGGUGAAUGAUAUUGACAAAGUAGAUCUGAACAGCAUCGGCUCCCAGGCACUGCUUUCAAAUACAAGCGACCAUGACUUGGAUUUCUACUCUGAAUAUGAUUCUAUUUCAGUGUUUCAAGAGUUAAAGGAGCUCCUGAGGAAAAACGCCACGGUAGAGUCUUUUAUCGAGUGGCUGGACUCUGUGGUGGAACAGAAAGUCAUCAAGCCUAGCAAACAGAAUGGCCGUUCGGUUAAAAAGCGGGCACAGGAUUUUCUCCUCAAAUGGAGUUUUUUCGGAGCACGUGUGAUGCACAACCUCACCUUAAACAAUGCUACUAGCUUCGGCUCCUUUCAUCUCAUUAGGAUGCUUUUGGAUGAAUAUAUAUUGUUAGCAAUUGAAACACAGUUCAAUAAUGACAAAGAGCAAGACCUCCAGAACCUCCUGCACAAGUACAUGAGGAAUGCAGAUGUGAGUAAAGCAACAUUCACAGCUUCUCCUAGUUCAUGCUUCCUGGCCAAUCGCAGUAAAACUGGCAUGAUGUCCAGUGAUUCCUCCGUUAAGAAUGAGAGCCAUCCAGAGUAUGCGUAUCUGCCCAUGCCAGGUACGCCGCAUGGACUGGGGGCCACUAUGGUGGUGUAUCAAGGAACGGAGCCAGACAGCUUCACUCUAUCUGGACAACUGGACUACACCCAGAGCACUGGAACACUGAUCACUCCUCCGAUCUCUCCGGCCAUGGCCAACCGAGGCAGCGUGAUAAACCAAGGCCCAAUGGCUGUGAGGUCACAGAGCAGCUGCCCCAUCCAGCCUCACAUGCCCUGCCAGGCUUUCCCUGAAGCCAUGUGCCAAAACCUGCCCAACUCCACCUCCAGCUACUACCCCAGCUCCUCUGCCUACCAGACUUCCUGCCUUCCCCCAACCCACACUCCAACAUCAGCGUACCAGGCUCGCGGAGACGGCGUGCGAUACACAUCCUUCAGUGGGCAGCAGCUGCCCAAGGACUGCUUCAGCAGCAGCUGCAGUGCCUUACCCUACAGCUCCAGAAUAUUUACCACUAGCUACUCGUGUUCUGCUGAUCCCAACAUGGAGGUCCAAGGAGUGCAGCUACUGGACACAGGAGGGUACAGCUCAGUAGGAGGAGGAUGUUCAGGCCCAGUGUACACCAGCACAGCACACAGCGGCUACUAUGGGAACAGUGGCUAUGGGGACAGUCAGAGAAUGGGCUCUCUGAUUGACCAGCAUGUGUCUGUGAUCAGCAGCGUGAGCUCUAUUCGCUCUGUCCCUGCGUACACUGACGUCCACGAUCCUCUCAACAUCCUGAAUGACACGGGCAGGAAGGUAGCAGGUCCCUACUAUCCCGAACAGCCUGCUUUAAUGACACGCACAGCUGGGUCUUCAAUAGCCCCUCCUAUCCCCUGCUCUGUCUCUCCCUGCAUGUACAGCACUGCUGCUCAGUAUCACCAUUCCCAAGAAGCCCUGCUGCCUCACCAGAGCAGUGCUGAAGUGCAAGACAUGGUGUCCUCCCUGCCCCCCAUCAACACUGUCUUCAUGGGGUCAGCUGGAGGACCACCCUGACUAUUACUAAAAUAAGACUGCAAUAUUGAUUCUCCGCUUCUGCUAGACUGAGUCAAGGAGUGGCGGCAAGUCUAUGAUAUAAAUAGUUAAGGAGAGUACUUUUAUCAUAUAAUCAUAUAAAUGUUACUUAAAAUAUUUUGUGUACUAAAAAAGUGAAGGUUUGAUUUAACUUAAUUUCAAUACAGAAUGUACACCAUUUCCAUUUAAAUAAAAUUAUUAAAAUACUGCAGGUUUUGCCCAAAUUAAGCAUUAAGCAAAGUGUUAGACUGCAUUGUAUUGAUUUGAUUCUGUAUAUUUUAUUCAAGUUGAAAUGAUAAGCAUCUUAAUGAAGUUGUUUGAGUUACGAUAUUUUCAUGCA